GUUUGUUAAGGUCAACGUUCAUGGUCCAAUCUGAAUAAGGAUAUAACCGCAUAAUAUGAAAAAAUAUCUAGUUAUGAUACGUUUUAAUCAUUAGAAAAAGAUGUUAUUCAGUUUUCUACAUUUUCAUUGAAAAUUCACAAUUAUCAGAAUGUCUCUGCAAAAAACAGCUCUUGUUGCUCUGUUGUAUAUGUGUUUUUCCGUUUCUAUAAUUUUCUCAAACAAACUAGUGCUUACUACCUUCAAAUUUCCUUCAUAUUUAUUGCUUGCUUUGCUUCAAACAGUGUUCACUUUUAUACUCAUUCAGGCUUUAUGCUCAUCUCGAAUUCAAUCAGAUGAUGUAACAAAUAUCCCUUUAAAGAUCCUACCAUUGUCAAUAUUUUCUGCAGUAGAUAUUGUAAUGGGUAUUGCUGGCACAGGAAGUCUCAGUUUACCUUUGUUUACAGCUUUACGAAGGCUCUCAAACCUUUUUAUUAUGGUUGGAGAAUAUUUCUUAUUAGGGACUAAAAGAAACUUCCCUAUAUAUUUAUCAGUUGUUAUUAUGGUAGCUGGGGCUGCAGUAGCCGCUGUUGGUGAUAUCGCUUUCGAUCCAGUGGGAUAUACAUAUAUUCUUGUCAACAAUAUAUCAACAACCGGUAAAGCACUGUUAACAAAAUCUAGACUUCGAGAUUAUAAUUUCUCAAGUAUCGAACUUCUGUACUUCAAUUCCUUGUUGAUGCUGCCGAUUCUUUCUAUUUUAGUUUACAUUAGAUGUGACUAUAAUGCGAUUGUCCAAUUCGAAUACUGGUUGGAUCCUGUGUUUUUGUUAUAUUUCCUAUUCUCCUGUUGUUCAGCUGUAGCAUUAAACUAUUCCCUUGUUCAAUGUACCCAGCAUACAUCUGCACUGACAACUAGUAUUUUGGGGGUUAUCAAAAAUAUUUUGGUCACCUAUGCAGGAAUGUUUGUCGGUGGAGAUUACAUUUAUACAACACUUAAUUUUGUCGGUCUUACUAUAAGUACGAUUGGAGCAGUAUUAUACGUUGUCUACAAUUAUAAAGCUUCACAGAGCCAGCAACCGAAAUCAGGAAUCUUAGUUGGUUAGUUAACAUCGCAAAUGUUGGAGAAUAGUAGCAUAUAUUACCUGUAAUAUGUUCAGUUUGAUUUUAUCCCCUUUACCACUUAAUCAAGUUUGUUUAUCCCUUUUUUUAAAAAACAGGAUGUUAUUACAUUGUAUAAAAUAAGAGAUUUAUGUGCAUCUGUAUUCACCCUAUAAAUAUAACAAGUAUAGUCUUACUA